AUGGAGUCAAAAUAUUUGACAGCGGACAUUAGCCAUAAACCAAGGGCACAGGAAGCCACAAUAUAUCAGGACGGUACAAGGUGGUACGCCUAUUUUGAUGCUGAAUUCCCAAAAGACCCAAUAACCACCAUUGAGUAUUUCCAAUUACCUUGGCUCCCAGGAUACAAGAAAAUUGUCCAUAAUGCAAAUGGCCAAUCAAAGUUCAAGGACAUGAAAUUCAAGGGCACCAGCAUAGAAUUGAUUCAUGCGCAUUACAUUUCUACAAUUUCUGUCUACUACUGGAAUGGAGAUACGGGCUAUGAUCAUCCACUCAUAAUUCAGGUCGGAGAAGGGAGCUAUUAUGCAAAGGAGAAUGGUGAUAGCCACUGGAGUCUUUUGGGCAAAAUGGACAAUCACGCUCUAUUGAUGAAACUUGACGAACUCAAUUGUGGCGCAAACGAUGCGCACAUUGUUGACAUUUGCCAAGUCAGCGGGAAUUACAUGUGCCAGAGCUGUAACAAUGUCCAGAUUUCACUGACUUGUGACGUUUUCAGGGUUGCCUGUUCCGAAUUUUGCAUGUAUACUCACCAUGUUAAAAAUGGUCACGUAGGACGAACAAUCGAGGGACAUGUAUCUCUACUUGGAUUAGAGGCUUCAAAAAAUGAUAGUAGUCUUUACGUCUUUUGUUACAAGGGUUUUAAGCUGCUGAUAUCCAUGCAACUUUUUUCCAUUUUAACUUAUGAAUUCUUCACAAGGAACGCAGUGUACGGCGAGACCUGGACGAAAAUGACCUCUUUAAGUCCUAAAAAUCCAUACGACAUUUACAAGAUUCUUGACACACUCAAGAGAGUAGCGGGAGAAUCUGAUGAUGCGCACUCCAGAAUGAAGAGAUUUGGAAUAUCCGCUCUGAUUGGCGCUGGAUUGGCUUGCAUUAUAAUGACUCUCUACUACUUGAUACCGGUUAAAAAGGCUGGAGUUGUCAUAGAAAGUGUAAAAUAUAUGCUUAAACCAAAAGAGGUGAAGUAUCUUACCAUGGAGUAG